AUGCCAACAUCACUCCUAGACCUCCCCAGUGAACUACUCGACUAUAUCAUCGAGAUCGUAUUGACGUACCGGGGCCAACUACCACGGACCACUGAUAAUCUACUUUCACACGGCGUACGUGAGGCAUGGUCCCGGGGUGCAGGAACCUGUCGCUCUUGGGCGUAUGGACCAAAUAACGUCAAAUACUCGAAUAAGCAAGAAGAGGGAUAUAUUUCCUGGACUUCAACACCGCUUACUCUCCUUCUUGUGAAUCGCAAAAUCGCAGAAUUGACUAAAUGGAGACUACAAAAACCCGGCCAUUACGCUCUCGACGUCGUCAUGGUCGACGAGAUGCACCUAUGGCCCACGUGGAAAUUACUUUCCCCUCCGUGUCUCCAUGUCGACAGGCUGACUGCGACAUUCCGAAUCGAAGGCAUCAGUCCGACGAUGGAGGGUCGCCGGUUCAGAUUCUGCCACAGCGAUGGUGCCCCGCCGCGGAUCACCUGGUGUUUCUAUUAUCUUCUAGAGAGGUUUCUCGAAUGCGGUCCGCUCGUUGAACAUCGGCGACCAGAUUCGCAAAAGCCUAUUCCGCAACGCUUCACCAUAAACCAGUUGACUCUAGACUUCUUGACCCCUAGGGGCAGGAUAGCACCGUCGAGUAUAGAAUACAGUAAUUGGCUUGAGGGUCGCGAUAAUUCAGACCCUAGCACUGCUUACCGGUGGCCGUAUAACACUGUUGAAACCCUUAUGAUCCGCCCUGAAUGGCUGGCUAGCAUGAUCAGUAAUUAUAUUGGAUAUCUGCUAGGGAUGGACCGCCAUAUGAUGUAUCACGGAAAAAUGCUCUACGAACGGAUUGGGAGUAUUACGAUCUGUCAGGAUGGGUCAUUGAUGAGAGUAUUUCCUAUUGACCGUCGACUGAAGGACCUGGAUUUUGGUACUGUGUCGGAUAGUGAUCGUCUCGCGGCGUUUCGGGGAUGGAAGGAGAGGACUUAUAAGAUAAGAGAGAGUGCUGGACUACCGGUGAUUUAUUGA